GUGGAAGCCGGGUAUUACCGGGUGGCUGCGGGAGCGCUUAGCCGUACCUGCAGAAGACCGGAGGCCAGAGGUAGGUGGUCGAGCUCCAGUUGAUUGCUCCGCGGGCUGGAGCAAGUGGUGCCCAAUAUGGGGGCCCGAUAGCCGCCAGAACAAAGCGCUGUCCCCGCCAGUGACUUCCCCGCGCGGAUCGCCGCGACUACUCGACCGCGAGACAGAUCCAGGAGCCCCUCCCCUUGGCGGCGAACUGGGCCAGGUAAGGCCCAAUCAUGGGACAAGCAUAUUCACAAAAUAUUUUUAUAAGUCAAUUAAAGCAAACUCUCAAGGUGCGAGGAACUCGAGUUAAGAAAAAGGAUUUAGUUUUAUUUUUUGACUUUAUAUUCAAAAUAUGCCCCUGGUCCCCAAGAGGGGACGAUUGACCCGCAGUGUUGGAACCGGGUGGGAGAUUGCCUUAAUGACUAUUAUCGAGUCUCUGGCCCCAAGACCGUCCCUAUCACCGCCUUCAGUUUUUUUAAUCUUAUUAAAGAAAUCUUAGUCACUCAUGGGCAUUCUCCAGAUGUCCAGAGCCUCUGUAAAGAGGGACAAGAAGUUCUAAAAAAUCAAUCCGGUCCCCCUCGAGGGCCCCCUUCAGCCCAAAAUCUCUGUAAAGAGGGACAAGAAAUUUCAAAAAAUCAAUCUCGGCCCCCUUCGAGGGCCCCCUCAAUUUCUAUUAACAUAGAGGAAGAGAUUAAAAAACCCCUUAACCCUUCCCGUAAUUCCUCAAAUAACCAUGUCGACCAAUUAAACCCAGCAGAAGAGGCCGAACUCGAAAAAGAGGCAGCUUCUUACAAUAACCUUGACUGGCCUCCUCUCUCUUCUGCCCCUUACUUAAAGAUCUCCCAGCUUUUCGGCCGCCCCCCUAUGCACCCUCAAACCUAUUGCCCGCGGCCACCCAUAUUCUGGCCCCCAUUCUAAACAACCCCGAGCCACCAACAACCCACCAAAAACCCCUUCUCCAAAAAACCUCCAUUCAAGAAGCCUUAAUUCUCAUUCGAGAAAACAAGGCCGUGGCUAAAGAAUUCACUGAUUUGACCGUAUCCACCCCCACUGAAUUACUCGCUUUCCCCAUCACCAGAAGUCAAAGUCAGGCCAAUGGCCCCUCAAACAGCCAAGCCGAUGUGCCCUCAAGUAGCCGAGCCCGUGAGACCGAUGGCUCCCAACACCCUCUCCCAAGUAGUGAGGAUGAACGAGAUUCUAAUGGCUCUAGCUCUGAUGAGGAAGAGGCUUCUGCCUCCGAUCCCUCAUACUCCCACUCCUAUAAGCGGCUCAGUUUAAAAACCUUAGAAAAAAUCAAAACGGCCGUAGCCAACUAUGGUCCCACUGCCCCCUUCACAAUGGCCUUAAUUGAAAACCUUAGUGAACGGUGGCUUACACCCAAUGACUGGUUUUUUGUAGCCAGAGCUGCCCUAAGCGGAGGCGAUUUCAUACUUUGGAAAAGCGAUUACGAAGAGACCUCCAAACAAUUCGCUGAACGUAACGCCCGUAAAACCUCUUCCAAAAGGUGGACAUUAAAGAAAUUCCUAGGCACUAGCCCAUAUCAACACAAUGAAAAACAGGCUCAAUAUCCCCCCGGACUUUUAACACAAAUCCAGUCCGCCGGGUUGAAAGCCUGGAAGCGCCUCCCCCAAAAAGGGGCCGCUACCACUUCCCUAGCAAAAAUUAGACAAGGUCCUGAUGAACCCUACAGUGACUUUAUUAGCCGCCUACAAGAGCUAGCAGAGCGCCUAUUCGGCACAGGAGAAAGUGAAAGUGCUUUUGUAAAACAUCUCGCCUUUGAAAAUGCCAACCCUGCUUGCCAAGAUGCCAUCCGGCCUUAUCACCAGGGGGAGCUCUGCGAUUAUGUUCGCCUUUGCUCAGGCAUCGGCUCUGCUCAUGCCCUCGGGCUUGCCAUUGGGGCUGCCCUUCAAAAUUAUACUCCCCAGACACCCCGCAGCCCACUCUGCUAUACAUGCAAGCAACCUGGACAUUUUUCCAAAACCUGUCCCUUACGUACUCAAGCUCCAUCUACUCCUAAUACCCCUCAAACCACUGCCGCCCCCACCGCUCCUACCCCAAGCCUUCCACCCUCAAAGUGCCCUCGAUGUAAAAAAGGCUUUCACUGGGCCUCUGAAUGCCGCUCCAAAAUAGAACAUCUCAUAGACAGCCAAUAUCCAAAACUUGCCUACCACCCACUAGCUCUCCCCAAACUGCGGGGAGUAGACCUAGAUACCAGACUACUGACAUUUUAAUAGCCACACAUCAAGCUCUUAACAUAUCUAACCCUCACCUAGCCGAGGAUUGCUGGUUAUGUAUGAGCCUAGGCACCCCCAUGCCUUUAGCUAUUCCUGUCAAUAUAUCCACCCUUAAUAAAUCACAGCUACAAUGUAACCCUAGUUUACCUUUUAGAGUCCAGCCUACAAUAUUCCCACCCUCCCCGUGCUUACAAGGCAUAGCUCAAAAUAAUAACUUCGACAUUCCUGUCGGCUUUAUAGAAUUUACUAGUUGUAGAAGCAUAACCAAUUAUAGUAACCCCCUUUGCCCAGGUCAUGGACAAAUAUUCGUUUGUGGAAACAACCUGGCUUUUUCAGCCUUGCCCGCUAACUGGACCGGGCUAUGUGUCUUGGCUACCUUACUACCAGAUAUAGAUGUUCUCCCCGGAGACGAGCCUGUCCCCAUUCCCAGCUUAGACCAUAUUGCGGGGCAACAAAAAAGAGCAUUAACAUUCGUACCCUUAUUAGUUGGAUUAGGCGUCUCUGGAGCAGUUGCCACAGGGACUGCAGGAUUGGGAGUCGCAGUCCAUUCAUACACAAAGCUCUCUAAACAACUAAUUGAUGAUGUCCAGGCUCUGUCCAGUACCAUUAGUGACAUCCAAGACCAAGUAGACUCCCUAGCAGAAGUUGUCCUUCAAAACAGACGAGGUCUAGAUUUAUUUACUGCAGAACAGGGAGGUAUCUGUUUGGCUUUACAGGAACACUGCUGCUUCUAUGCCAAUAAAUCAGGCAUCGUCCGAGACAAGAUAAAACAGUUACAAGAAGACUUAGAAAAAAGAAGAAAAGAACUUUCCGAACACCCCCUUUGGGGUGGACUCAACGGAAUUCUCCCCUAUCUCCUUCCCAUCUUAGGACCUUUAGUUUUUAUCACCCUCAUCCUCUCCUUUGCCCCCUGGAUUCUUAGACGUGUAACCAACUUAGUCAAAGACCAACUUAACAGUGUACUAGGAAGACCUAUUCAGGUGCACUAUCAACAAUUAGAAAUGCUAGAACAUGGAGCAGACUCUGAGCCACAUGGAGCGGACUCUGAGCCGUACAGCCACUGGGAUGCUAGCCCACGAUUCCUGCCAGGUUCCCCUCCUGCAGGAGCAGCAUAACCCUCGAAGAUAUGCUUCACAGCCAAGUAGCUGUGAUAGACACCGCUGGGUGCAAGGCAAAGCACUGCAAGGAGAGGACUGCACAUACGGCCACUUCGAGUCUCCUGAGAGUACCAAGUGGAGGAGCAGGAAGCUUGUAGAAUCUCGGGGGUGCUAACACAACAUCCAGACCCCAGGCUGCCAUACUCCUGCGAAUAGGGUGAGGUCCAAAUCUUUCCUGCCUAAAGAGGGACUGUGAGAGUUACACCCUGGACAAGAGAGUUAAGACUAUAGGGCCGGGGUAAAGACCAGGGUGUAAAACAUGGCCAUGGGUUUCUUCUGAUUACCUCACCCUCUUUACCAUCAUACAGUAAGCACUGAGUAUUCACUUCAAAUUCCUCUGCCCCUGUGGGGGAGGAGUGGAAGCCAGGUGGGGUUUAGGUGAGCCCAUCCAGUUACAAAGAGACCCCCCCCAGCCCCAAUAUGUGCAAUUUACCUCCUUAACCCCACGUAGGAGAGUGACAUCAGCCAGAAGGUGGAUCUCCCCUCCAAUAACCUAGAGGCUGGGAACUGGCAGAGCGGACAACCUUCACCUCCUCUUCCCCCAGCUCAGCGAAGAGGGUAAACACUGAGAGCCCUGCCAGCCUGGGGAGAUGCGGGUAUUUUAAUGCGGCGGUGCCUGGAACACAGCAACGGCUGCCAAGGGGAUUGUAUGCCACCUGACUGCAUGCAGUGGCUGCAAGCAAAGAAGGAAGAGAACGCAGGUUGGCCAGCCGUGGAACUUCUGUAUGGUUACUUUUAUUCCAGGGGCUUUGGGGAUGCAGGAGCCUCCGGAAACCUUCCCUAGAACCCUGGGAACCAGAGUCCCGGCCUGCUUUGCAGGUUCGGCGAUCUCUGAAUGCCGAGCUGAGAAGGCAUCUCUCCCACUAAGCCAUACUCAGGCCCCUAAGUUGUUGGAACCUCAGUUUUCCUUCUUUCCAAUGGGGACAUUAAUGUGGGCCUGGUUUAAGGAUUGUUUACGUAAAGCCCCUUACUCAUCGUAGGUGCUUCAGAAAUGAUGAUUUUUGCAAAUAGUCCACUGAGAAUAUUUGCUUGCUAAGAUCCUGCUUACACUGGGAAGCAAAUUUAGGCCAUGUAGGGGCAGGGAGUCCUAUUUUAUGGAGCAUCUGGGGGGCACCACUUAGCCACAAAGCGUAGUCCAUCGACCCUGAUGGGGGGGGCGGUGUGGAGAAUUGGGAGGUGCAGGGUCACGGCCAGAGGAAAGGAGGCUCUGGUAUCCCAGAGUCCCACAAAAGGGCUCAUUAGGCCUCAAAACUUGACUUUUCUACGUGGUAACAUUGUGGCUCGCGACUGUGGCUCGGACUGGGAUUCCGGCUGUGAGAAAGCCUGAUUUCGGUUUCCUUUUCUCGAGCUUGCUGUCCCACCCCUGGCAAUGGCCGAGAGACUUGCUGAAUGAUCAGUAACGUAGAAGAGUCUGAGGUUCCCAUUGGCAGGCGGAGUUCAGCAGGGGCCAAUCCAGGCGCUGGUCCGGCAGAAAUCUCUGGAAGGCUCAGAAGAACUGGAAGGUUACUGGGAGGUUACCCUCACAACUCGGGUCCAACCACCUUGGGAGACAAUGUAGGCCAGCCUUGGACUCGCCGCACGGAGCUCUGCACCGAUGACAGAUGAACCAAGCUGGCUGUGCAAAGAGGAUAUUUAUUGGUUCAUGUGACAGAAAAGUUCAACGGUAGGGUAGCUUCAGGCACAGCUUAAUACAUGAUGGACCUGGUAUCUUUCACUUCACCCCUGGGUUGGCCUCAUUCUCAAACAGGCUAACCCUCUGGUUAAUAAAAUUGCUCUAGCAGCUGCUAACCAUAUGACAUCAGCUCUUGCAUGCUCUUGAGAAAGCAAAAGAAUCUUUUUUCCCCCUGUAGCUCAACUAGGUCCCCUUGUGACUGGCUGUAAUGAGUCAUGUUCUCAUCCCUGAAGCAAGCACUGUAGCUCGGGGGGCUUAAGACUAUUUCUCUUGCUCCACUCUUGAACUGAGGAAGAGCUUUGCCUACAGCAUAUGAUCCCAAGAAAGGGAUUGGAAGAAUGGAGGCCGGCUGGACCCCUCUUCCCAAAAAAUAAACAUUUACAGCACUUCCUAGUUGGAUCAAGCAGCACCGGCUUAUAGGAUUCCAUUGCCUAUUACUGGGCCUUUCUUGUGUGAUUUCUUUCUCUUUCCUUUUUUUUUUUUUCUUUAAGUGUUACACAUAUACACAGUGGGAUUCUAUUUCCCAUUGCACUAGAUUGGCAGAAACGUAAAAGAUGACAAUAUCAGAUGUGGGUAUGGCUGUGGAGCAGUGUGAGUGCUCCUUGCCUGCUGGUGGGAAUGUGCACUGGUACAGACAGUUUGGAAACAGCUCAUCCUGAGCUAGUCAAGGCUGCAUAUACUUGCCUGUGUGUACUAGGCAGAAAUGAGCAGUGUUUGUAAUUGUCCCAAACUGGAAGCAACCCAAAUGGCCAUCAGAAAUAGAUUAUGCCAGAAGUAGAAUUCUAUAGUCAUAAAGCAAUGAAAAUGAACAAAAGCAACUCACAAAGGUUUGUGACUGAACCUCACAAACAUGAUGUUGUUAGUCCCCCUCCAAAAAUGCAAUGUUUUUUUGUUAAGAUUUUUAUUUUAUUUAUUUUUAGAGAGGGGAGGAGAGGGAGAAAAGUCGGGAGAGAACCAUUGAUGUGCAAGAGAAAUGUGAUCAGUUACCUCUCACACCCCCAACCGGGGCCUGGCCUUGCAACUUGGACUGGAAAUUGAACUGGUAACCUUAUGGUCUACGGGACAAUGCCCAACCCCCUGAAUCACACCAGUCAGGACUUAAGUUGCAAUGUGAUUCCAUUCUGAAGCUUAAAAUGAGGCAGGUGAACUCUUUGCAUACGUAGGUAUAAAACUGAAGGAGAGGGAAGAGUGAUUAUCACACUACUCUGGUAUAUAUCACAGCAGCCAUUUCCUCCUCCCCUGCUUUCUUUCUGUUCCUGGAGCCAAACCUUGGGUUCUGUCACUGGUGGUGACUGCUCUUGCUGCUGUGGGGAGUAUGAAGAAAUGAAGAAAUCACCUCUCUAGUUGGUUACCACCUUGCCAGAGAGAAAGGACACAUGGCUGAGACUAUUUGCACAGCUUCUCGGACACUAGGGAACCAUUUUGUUGGUCAUCUGUGCCUGGGCUUCACCCACUUUCCCCACAUCCUCAGCCCAUUCCUUUCUGUAGCACUGCACUAGAUUCUGGGUAAGGCAGACAUAGUCUCUGUGGCUUGGGAAAAGCUGGCAUUAAAUGAGUUAAGGCUUGAUGCAGAGAAGUACACUGUGCAGUAUGGAGUGCUCUCUGGCUGUAAAAGAAAGAUUUGUCAGAGGAGGUAGCUUUCAGCUGAGACUUCAAGCUGGAAAAGGGGUUUGCUAAGCAGAAAAGGAACAGUGCUCUCUACAGAGGUUAUAGCAUUUGUGAAGGGCUCAGGAAGGAAAGAGUGUGGUGCAUUUUGAGGCUUGGAGUUGGGUUUGGUUUUCCUGUGGGGUGGAGUUUGAGGUGGGAAGUAGCAGAAAAUGUGCCUGGGACAAAGGCUAGGCCUUGAGGAUCUGGGGCCUCACAAGGCUUGAGAAGGAGAUUUGACUAUAUCCUUGGAGUAAUGGUGUGCCAUUGAGGGAUUUUAAGCAGGGUGGUUACCUGAGCAUACUUGCAUUUUUUUAAAAAGAUUUUAUUUAUUUAUCUUUCAAGGGGAAGGGAAGGAGAGAAAUAUCAAUGUAUGGUUGGCUCUCGUGCAUCCCCUGCUGGGAACUGGCCUGCAAGCCAGGCAUGUGCCCUGCCUGGGAAUCAAACUGUGAUCCUUUGGUUCUCACGCCUGUGCUCACUCCACUGAACUACACUAGCCAGGAUGCAUACUUGCAUUUUAACACAUGGAAGGGUCUGUUUGAAGGACCAAAGGAAGGCACUAAGCAAUGGAGAGAGGAGGUUUAAGUAGAUUGGAGACUCUUGAAGGUAGCAUAAUUCCUACAAUUAGCUCUGGUUUCAGCUUCUAAAGAAAAGUUUACUCAAUUAUGUCCCUAAAUUUAAGCUCUAGGAGGAUGGGGACUUUUCCAUAUUUUUUUCCCUGCUGUAUUUUCAGUGCCUGGCACAUAGUAGGCACCCAGUACGUACCUAGUAACCUGUUGGGUGAGUUAUGCCACCCUUCUACCUCAGACCCUCAGUGGCAUCUUUUUUUUCCCUCUUUUUUAUUUUAUUUUGUUAACAUAAUUAGAAAUUUUUUCUCUAUUUUUUAAAAAUAUAUUUUAUUAAUUAUGCCAUUACAGUUGUUCUAUUUCACCCCUCAUUCCUCUCUACCCUGCAUACCCCUCCCCCACCACUCCCCCCCUUUAGUUUAUGACCACGUGUCUCAAGUUCUUUAGAUUCUAUAUUUCCCAUACUAUUCUUGCCCUCCCCCUUAUUUAUUUUCUACCUACCAUCUAUGCUACUUACUCUCUGUACCUUCUCCCCCCUUCUCCUCCUCCCACUCCCCUGUGGAUAACCCUCCAUGUGAUCUUCAUUUCUAUGGUUCUGCUCCUGAUCUAGCUGUCCUCUUAGUUUGCUUUUGUUUUAGGUGUGGUUCUUAAUAACUGUGAGUUUGCUGUCCUUUCACUGUUCAUCUUUUUUAUCUUCUUUUUCCUAGAUAAGUCCCUUUAACCUUUCAUAUAAUAAGGGCUUGGUGAUGAUGAACUCCUUGAAUUUGAUCUUAUCUGAGAAGCACUUUAUCUGCCCUUCCAUUCUAAAUGAAAGUUUUGCUGGAUAGAUGAUCUUGGUUGUAGGUCUUUAGAUUUCAUGACUUGGAGUACCUCUUUCCAGCCCCUUCUUGCCUGUAAGGUCUCUUUUGAGAAAUCCGCUGACAGUCUGAUGGGGACUCCUUUGUAGGUGACUGUCCCCUUAGCUCUUGCUGCUUCUAGGAUUCUCUCCUUCAUUUUAACCUCGGCUAAUAUAAUGAUGAUGUGCCUUGGUGGUUCCUUCUUGGGUCCAACUUCUUUGGAUCUCUCUGAGCUUCCUGGAUUUCCUGGAAGUCUAUUUCCUUUGCCAGAUUGGGGUAUUUCUCCUUUAUUAUUUGUUCAAAUAAGUUUUCCACUGGUGGCUGUUCCUUUCCCCCUUCUGGUACUCUUAUAAUUCGGAAGUUGGAACGUUUAAAGAUAUCCUGAAGGUUCUUAAGCCUCUCCUCAUUUUUUUGAAUUCUUGUUUCUUCAUCCUUUUCUGUUUGGUCAUUUUUUUCCUCCUUCUGGUCCACUCCCUUGAUUUGAGUCCCAGUUUCCUUUCCAUUACUAUUGGUUUCCUGUGUAUUUCCCUUCAUUUCAGUUAGUUUAGCCUUCAUAUGUUCCUCUAAUUUGUGACUAAAAUCAACCAGUUCUGUGAGCAUCCUGAUCACCAGUGUUUUGAACUGUGCUUCUGAAAGUUUGGUUAUUUCUUCAUUGCUUAGAUUUAUCGGCUCUGGGGCUCUGAGUUCUUGAGUCAUGUUUUGAUCUGCUCGUGCUUGUUACGUAUGAGGAGCAGAGCCUUAGUUGUUCACCAGGGUAGGGCCACCCAGGUCGCUGGUUUGUGAGGCUUUAUGUGGGGGCGGGGUCAGAGAGGGGCAAUGGAGGUUCCCUCUGCUGCUUCCCGUCGCUGGGGCCUGCACGGUCUGUCUCACUGCUCUCUCCUUCACCGGUUUAUCUGCGUGCAAAUGUGUGACUGUGAUCAGUCCUCAGUGGAUUCGCCUGCUUCUCCACACCUGGGAUCCGCCCAUGGCUGCUGGCACACCUGGGUCUCGUGCCCAGUGGGUCCGGUGGAUCUUUCCUGCCUGACCCUGCUCUGCUGCUGGCUCUGCCCCUCUUACUGGUUUGGCUGAAGGUUUCGUUGUUGUCAGACUUCCGUGUAGUUCAAUUUCCUGUCGUUUGGCUGCAUUUUUGUUGCUAAAACUUUGUUGUUUUUAAACUUAGUUGUGCGAGAAGGUGAAGUGCUUCUACCUACACCUCUAUCUUGGCAGAAGUCCUCCCUCAGUGGCAUCUUAAAACCAUGUCCCAUCUACCUCCGUUCCCUGGUGACUGUUGCCUCUACACACCUCUUUGAGCCUGGUGGGGAUUGCCAUUGGGCAAAGUAUGCCUCAGCCUGCUCUAUGCUUCAGAGUACCAAUUGUGCUCAGCCCUGUGGGGAAGAGUAACCAACCACGUGUGAUCUCAGCAAUGCACUGUUCAUAAAACUGGCAUCUCCUUAGAUGACCUCAUGCCCAGCCCACAGCCACAGCCAUGGUUUAAAGCCUGGGGAGUCCAGGCCUUUGGUGUUGACAGGAGGGGUGUGCCUGCCUCCUGCAGUGUCCAGAUCCAGAUCGUUUUUUGGUUGUCUCGAAUUCUGUCCUCUGCAGGUUUGUUAGAUGUAUUUCACAGAAGUUCACUUUUAGGGGAAUUUGUUUAGGUUAAGAAAUGGAGCUUAACUGGGGGCUCUGAGAGAGCUUUUUAAAUGGGGUUUCUAUGGGCAUAGAGCUCUCAGCCUAGUGCUUUGGGAUUACAAGGAAUAAAGGGCUCUUGUUUGGAACCGCAGAAUGGGCUUGAGAAGCACCCUGGAGGCUGGGAUGCAAAUACAGGCCUUCCACUCAAUUCUGUGUGCCUUGGAGUCCAUGACUGGGAUCUAGUGUCUUCUAGGGUUCCUUUCUGUGGUGUGUAGGAGCCCAAGGCAUCAGGAGGCAGGGAGGAAGGUGUGGGAUGGCAGAGACCACAGACAGUUAAGGGAGAGUAUAGCAACUGCUAGGGCAGAAGUUGGCAGCUGUUAAGAAGUAAGGGACCACAGUUCUGAUUCUUUCCUUCUGGAAUUUGUCCUGGCAGGAGUGAGGUGUGAAGUGUAGUCGUCUACCCACAGGUGUGGGCUUUCCUGGCCAUGUUUCCCUCUGCUUGUUUGCAGCUCACAGUGGUUCUCAUAGCUGCAAAUUGUGCAUGGCACCCACAUCCUGAAAUGUGCUACAGGAAAUUACAGUGUCCCCUCAGCCAUUCUUUUGACAGGUCCCCAGGAGGUAUAUAUGAGAUCCAGGACUCCAGGGGAGAGGGGAACUCAGAAGGGUAGGGAGUGUCUCCAGUUCUGCCUGGUUCUGCCUAGUCGCAGCCAGCUUCUGGUUUAUUGAACGGAAUGGAAGACCUGCUGCCCUGGAGCCAGGAAUUUCAGAAUUCUCAUUUGGGUAAAAGGAGUGGAAUGGACGGCAUCCUCUCUGAGGCUUUUUUCCAGCUCUGGCUUUUGUGAUUUCUGUCUGCCCAAGAGCCAGGAGUGGAGAGAAUCAUAGUUUUACCCAUUAUUGUGGAAACUCAUUGAGAUAAUCCAAAUAUACUGAAGGCAUAAAUGAUGGGCACAAUCAUUGGGAAAUGUGCUUAGUUGGGGAAGUUUUUGUAGAGGGUCAGUUUUACAUUGGACCUGAAAGGACUGGGUAUGGGGUGAUGAACCUCUAUUCUGAUCUGCCAUGUCUGCUGCACUCUAAUCCUGUUUCCUAUCAUUUGAGAUGAAGUGCUUAGGUCAGUGUCAGCAGUAACAUGUGCCCCUUUACUGUUGUCAGCACUCUGCAGCUUACAGAGCCCUUCCAUAUAGGUGACAUCCAAGCUUCGACAGUUCACCUGGGUUAGGAGCAGAGUCCUGGAUGGCCAAGGCAUCAGCACCAGACACCGCUUCCUAGCCAUUUGCUCUUGAGCAAGUUUCUUAUCCCACGGAUCCUCAGCUUCCUUAGGAAGAGCAUCCUGAGCACUGAAUAACAUAAGAUGUAUAAAUAGCAGUAAGGUGGGUCCCAAAUAAAUGCUGUCUCGAAGAAGUUGUUAGUCACCUGGUUUUUGGGUUGCAGAGCCUAAACUUGAACCUGAAUUGCCCACCCAGAGAUUGAUACCUAGGUCUAAUAUAUUUUCAGCAAUGCACUAAGUCAUCUUUCAGUGUAUGCUAUAACAUGUUCAAGGUGGAAUCUGUAUAGCCCAGUGAUGGUCUUGAGCGUAAAAAUGGUAACACAUUUUGUUCAUCUUUUUUGUCUGGUUAUUGUAGACUCUUAGAUGGUGCUGUGCAGGUAGCUUUGUCUUCAGUUCUUCUGAAUCCAUUCAUGGCUUCACACAUAUGCCUUGAGCUUUUACAAGUUGUCAAGUACCAUGGUCUCUCUAUUAGUGAUUUUCAACAUCUUUGGUAGUUACAGACCCUUGAUAGAAAACUGUAGCCGCCCCCCCUCCUCUGAACCUUUUUCUAACUUGUUGUUUUUGUUAAACCAUAGAAGUUGUAGUCAUGCAGCCCUAAGUAUUGCAGCAUGCAUUGCCUAAACAUGAACAUUCUCAGUCUUAAUAAAUACUAUUUAAAUUAUUUAUGUAUUGGGUUUUCUUAAAUUUAGUUUUUUAAACAUAGCAUGAGAAAGGUGUUAAGACUGGUUUAAUAGCUCAAUUGAAUAAGUAUUCCAGAUUUUGGGGAAGGAUGUAGAGGGAAAUAUUCAGACCCUUCACCACAAUCUCCCCAACUUGAUCAUAGCAGGUUAAUGAUGUGUUUUGUGGAUGUGCUUAGUCAAUGAGACCAGCCUGAUGGAUCUUGCUUCCUUCACCAGGUCCCAUUGAAUUAUCUGGUCCCUUUGGCUAACGAACCAUUGGGUGAGGAGCAGCGAUAUCAUCAUGGUGAUGUUCUUCAAGCGAUUGACCAACCUAUCAGCUUGCAGAGCUGCCAUUUUAAAUAUAAACAAUAAUUUUAUAAUAUGAUAUAAUAUCUAGACCUUUGUCAAAUUUCCUUAAUUGUUCAAAAACUAUUUUUAUAGCUUAAAAAAAAAAGAGCCAAUCAGAGUUUUUGCAUUUGGCUGUUACAUUUCUUUAGUCUUUCUAAAUCAAUAAAAGUCCUUUGUUAUUUUUUAUGACAUUGACUUUUUUAAAAGACCAGGCCAGUUAUCUUGUGGGAUGUCCUGUUUUCUGCAUUUAUCUGAUUGUUUCUUCAUGGUGUGGUGUAGCUCAUUCCUCUUUUCCUCAUAUUUUCUGUAAACUGGAAGUUAGGUCCAACGGCUUGAUUUGAUGCAUUUAAGUCAAACAUUUGUGGCAGGACCACUUCAAAGGUGAUGUGUAAUUCAUAUGGUUCCAUAUCAGGGAAGCAUAUACUAGGUUGUCCCUCUAUCAGCAAUGCUGGGUUUGAUUGCUGGUUAUGGUGAUCACAGAUCUCUCCCUUAUCAAGGUACAUUAGAAAGUAACCCAAGGGGAGGUACUUUGGUUCCAUGGGACUAUCCUCAACACCUUCACCACAGGUUUUAGAAUUCAUUGAAAUUGUUUGUCUCAUAAUGAAAUUGCAAGAUAGUGUUUUUCUAAUCUAUUGUCCCCCACUGCACUUAUUUAUUAGUGUUCUUCUGUGAUCCCUACACAAUUUUAUUUUUUGAUUACAUGUGCAGUCAUACAGUUUCAGGUGUUUAAAGAUGCAUCAGAGCCCAGCAUGGCUCCUGGGUUUAGAAUUCCUGCUCUAAAAGAGGAAAGCACCUGACUGUCAGGUUUGUGUGGAUGGGAGCUAUGGAUGAGCUCUUCCUAGUCCUUUUGUCCCUCUGGGUAGUUGCAGAAGAAUGAAAUUUCCCAGCCCCCAAUGAUAGCUCAUGCCAUCCCCAACAACAGAGAAAACAACUUAAGCUUUUAACCUUCUAAGCCCUCAACACAGUUACUUGGUGAUGGACUCCAAAGCCUGAGGAGUCCCCUCUUUCCAGCCCUUUGUGUUUGUUACAGCUCAUUCCCUCAAUAGGCAAACCAGGGAGCUGGCCCAGGCAAUUCCUCAGAUUUUUACCAGCCUCAGUAUCCUUCUAAGUAUUUAUUACUUCAUAUGCCAGUUAAAUUACUCAACCUCCGACCUGUUCAUUUGAACUUUGUUUUCCACACUCAUUACAUCUUAAAAAUCACAGUUUUCUAACUCCAUCAGAGCAUCUAGUGGAGUUUAUUGUUGGCAGUAUGAUAGUCCCUUACAUUGGUGCAGUACUUUUACUUUAUAAUGCAUUUUUAAAAUAUAUUACUUUAUUAGAUCCUCAAGAAGUAGACAACAUUUCUGCUUUGUUUUUCCUUUGGGUCUUUAGAGCCUGGGGGUUAUUUUUAGCUUAUUCUUGUCACUACGGUGAAAGAGCAUGAAGGCCACUGAGCUCUGUUGCAAUGGAUAUUCACUGGACACAAUCCUUAAUAGCAUUGACUUCUUCUGGCUCCAGGUGCUUCGUUCCAGCCUUAAAGUGGUCCAUGUGCCCUGCUGUUGCCUGUCUUCCUGGCAACUACUCUGGUUGCCUUCAGGAUCCACAGCGGAGCAAAUUCUCCAUCCUGAUCUUUGAGGAGUGUGUGUGUCACCAUGGCUGAUCUCCUCGCUUCCUUUCUUGCUUCCACUUAACAUCUCCACUUUGCAUCAGGUGCUUUGAAUACUCCUGGAUUUGGAAACCGUGUGUUCUGGGUUCUUUCCUAGAUUUGUUUCUGUGUACUGUGCUUAUGCAUAGUACUUUCAACAUAAUUCUUUCACUCAACCCACUUAGAAAACCUUGAAGGUAAGUGUCACUUCCCCAUUUUAUGUAAGGCUUAGAGUAUUUAAAAGAGUUCUAUUGUCACAAAGAACCAGGACUGGGAGGCAGCUGCUGAGUCAGGAAGUGGGCCAGGGUGGCAAAGGUAGAGAGAUGCAUUAAAGUUCUCUCUGCUCAUUAUCUGUGCUCCCUCUGGGGGCCAAGCCUCAGGAACAUAUUGUAGUCACAGCCAGCUGAGUGUUCCUGCACAUUGGUUUCUUUGUAAGCGCAGCUGGGACAGUGCACCAUUGUUGAUAGCAGAGUGGCCAGGCCAGCUACAUGGCCAGCUUGUGCUAGGCCAGCCGGCUGCCCUGGAGCCAGGAGCUGUCCUGGGGACAGCUCUGUCUUGGUAGCUGUCCUGGGGACUUGAACCAAACCCAAAGCACAGCACAGGCCAAGAAAACAUCUAUGAAGUGAAAUACCAAAACUCGUACUGUGGGUGCUUCUUGAGUCUUGGUAAAGAACCUCAAUACUCUUAGUCUUUGAAACCUGGAGGAUUAAACAGAAGGAGUCUCCUUACUGGGGAUGUGAAUAGCUGUGCAGCCUGUGCCCUGCAUAUCUGAGAGCUUUGCUCCAUGGUUGACACUGUAGAUGUGUGUAUUUAUUAUCAUAGUUGGUACAUCAGUUGAUCGAAGGAAAAGCCCUUGAGGCAGGACUGCUUUCCCAACCCCACAGCCUGGGCUCAAGACAUCUUUCCCUGCCACUCUACCAAGCCACACACUCCACGCCCCAGUUUCCUCAUCUAUAAAAUGAGGGGGUUGGACUGUGUGGUCAGUAAGGUGCUUUUACUCUGCUAAUACGUGAGCCUUGUAAGAGCUGGUCAGUGUUUGCUGAUUGCUGGGCCACAGUGCUCUGUGUGAGGUUGCCACCUCUGCGCUCUGCUGUGCCUGUUCUUGACUCCCAUGUCUGGUCUCCAAAAAGCAUAAGCCAUCACCAGUGAAUAGAAACCCAUCUGAGCUAAGGACACCAUGGCCAUAUCAGCAUCACUGUAAAAUCUGGAGGAGGAGGUGAUCUGCUUCAUCUGCCUUGAUUACCUGUGGGACCCUGUGACCAUCGACUGUGGCCAUGUCUUCUGCCACAGCUGCACCACUGACAUCCACCCUAUUUCAGGGGGGCGGCCUAUCUGCCCCCUCUGCAAGAAGCCUUUUAAGAAGGAGAACAUCCGCCCUGUGUGGCAGCUGGCCAGCCUGGUAGAGAACAUCGAGCAGCUGAAGGUGGACAAAGACAGGCAGUGGGCAGAUGCAACCCAGGAGCAGCAGGACGUGAAGCUGUGUGAGUGGCACUGGGAGAAGCUGCACUAUUUUUGUGAAUUGCUGCUGUGUGUGCUAUGCAGGGAGUCCCAGGAACAUCAGCCCCACAAAGCUAUUCUGCUGGAGAAGGCUGCCCAGCCCCACAGGGAACAAAUUCUGAACUACCUGAGCACUCUAAGGAGAGACAGAGACAGAAUUCAGGGCUGUCAGACGAAGGGAGAAGCUGACUUCCUGUCUGCACUGAAGCAGCUCCAGGAGCAGAGACAGCACAUCAUGGCUGAGUUUGAGCAGGGCUACCAGUUCCUGAAGGAGUGGGAGCAGCAUCCGCUAGGCCAACUGGUGAGGCUGGAACAGGAACUCACAGAGGGCCAGGAGAAGCACAACAGCAGGGGCAUCUUGGAGCUUUCUCGGCUGGCAGGGCUCAUCUCUGAGCUGGAGGGCAAGGUGCAGCAGCCAGCAGCAGAGCUCAUGAAGGACACCAGAGACUUCUUGAACAGAUAUUCACAGAAGUAGUUCUGGCUUGGGGAACCCAUUGCUUGAGUGGUUAAAAAAAGGACAGGAGAAUUCUCAGAGAAACUCCUGUGUCUGCAGCGAAGCCUGAGAGAAUUUCAGGGGAAGCUGCUGAGAGACUUGGAAUAUAGAACAGUGAGUGUAACCCUGGACCCACAGUCGGCUAGUGGGUACCUGCAGCUGUCAGAGGAUUGGGAGUGUGUGACCUACAACAGUGGCUCGUACCAGAGUGCUUACCUGCACCCCCAGCAGUUUGACUGCAAGGUCUACUGGGAAGUGGAGGUGGACAGGGAGAGGUGGUCAGAGGAUGAUUGGGAAGAGGAGGAAGAGGAAGAGGACGCUGUCUAUGGGGAUGGAUAUGAUGAUUGGGAAAGGGAUGAAGAUGAGGAGUCCUCCUUGGAGGAUGAAGAGGAAGAAGAGGAGGAAGUUCUGGAAAGCUGCAUGGUGGGUGUGGCUAGCGACUCAAUGAAGAAGAAGGGAGAGCUCUCCAAUGGGGUAUGGGCCCUACGCCUCUCCUCUGUGGGCAUCUGGGCCAAUACCAACACUGAGGCUGAGCUCUUCCUGUCAGUGCAGCCCCAGAGAGUGGGCAUUGCCCUGGAUUAUGAAGGGGGCACCGUGACUUUCACCAAUGCAGAGUUGCAAGAACUUAUCUACACCUUUACUACCACAUUCACCCAGCGCCUGGUCCCCUUCCUGUGGCCGAAGUGGCCUGGAACACGUCUCCUGUUGAGACCCCGAGUGCCCUGCCUGAUGCUUCUCUCUGGCCCCCACUGCUUUUGGAAUUCCAGGACUGAAGGGGGAAGGAGGUGCCUGAAUCAAGGAAGAGAAGGCACCCUGAGUCCUCUGCUGGUCCCUUCCCAGUGA